AUGUCUUCAUCUUAUCCCUCGUCUUCAAUGCGGGCUACAUCAAUUAAUUCCAACAACAGAAGUGCUGGACACAUGUUUUCAAACCCUGCUGAGCUCCUUGAUAACAUCCCUUUUUCACCUGCUUCAGAUAUGCAUUCUAUGCCAUUCCCUCAAGAAAGUGAUGCUAUUUCCUGGGGAACAGAUAUGUUUGACAAUAUGCUUCCGUUUCCUGAUAAUGUUCCCAUCCAAAAUGAUCAUGUGGAAUACAGUGGUUCUAAUGUCUUGGGUGGAAAUGCCAAACAAACAGAGUUCAAGGAGUGGGUUGAUCAGUUAAUGUCAGUUGAUGAUGAUUCUCUUCAUCCAGAUUGGAAUGAACUUCUCGGUGAUAAUAAUAUGGCAGAACCAACAGCAAAGGAGACUCAAGUUUCACUGCAGGAGACUCAAGUUUCACUGCAGCAGUAUGUUCCAUCUAAUGAAAAGACUCAAGUUUCACUGCAGGAGACUCAAGUUUCACUGCAGGAGACUCAAGUUUCACUGCAGCAGUAUGUUCCAUCUAAUGAAGAGACUCAAGUUUCACUGCAGGAGACUCAAGUUUCACUGCAGCAGUAUGUUCCAUCUAAUGAAGAGACUCACGUUUCACUGCAGCAGUAUGUACCAUCUAAUGAAGUUAAUGUUUUUCAUAACUCGUCUGGAUCGAAUACAUCACAAUCUAAGCCUAGAAUGCGUUGGACUCCCGAACUUCACGAGGCCUUUGUGGAAGCCGUCAAUCAGCUUGGUGGUAGUGAGAAGGCCACACCAAAGGGUGUCUUGAACCUGAUGAAAGUUGAGGGCCUUACAAUCUAUCAUGUGAAAAGCCACCUCCAGAAAUAUAGAACUGCCAGAUACAAACCGGAAGCAUCAGAAGAAAUUCCAGAGAAGUUGACUUCAAUUGAAGAAAUGCCGCCUAUAGACUUAAAAACGCCUAAGGGCAUUACCGAAGCAUUGAGGUUACAGAUGGAACUCCAGAAGCGGCUUCAUGAACAACUUGAGAUUCAAAGGAAAUUACAGAUUCAAAUUGAGAACCAAGGGAAGCAUCUACAGAUGAUGUUUGAGCAACAAAUCAAGUCGGGCGAGCCUUCUGCUCCGUCAUCUAGCGCCGCACUACCUUCUCCAGUUGAAAAUUUAGAAAGCUUAAAUGAGGAUCAUGGGAAGACUGGAAUCAACUGUAGCACUCCAGACACAAGCGCAAAGCAAAAGGGAGAUGAUGCUAAAGUUACCGGUGAACUUGACCAGGUAUCCGCACCACCCACAAAACGAGUGAGGACCGAUUAG